AUGAGGCCCCCCGGGGGCACACUUGAACACCUCAUCAGGACCGGGUGGAGAUUCUGGUCCUCGGGGCUCCACAAGGCCGUUGCCCUGCUGCAGGCCACCUGGAUUGCCUACUCCCAGCCCGUCCCAGCCAGCCGUGGCCAGCUGCUGACCCAGGUCCUCCUGUGUGGUUCUCUGGCCCUUGCUGCCGCGAGUCUGACCUACUGCUGGCUGGCGUCCUCGCUGCUUUAUCCUCUCGGGCCCUCGGCCGCGGUGGCCACUGCCUGCGGCCUCCUGGCCUUCCUGGGGCUGGGCCUGGUGCCCCCCGCCCGCUGCCUGCUUGCGCUCAGCGUGCCCACGCUGGGCACGGAGCAGGGCCGCCGGCUUCUCCUGUCCUGGAGCACCGCCACCCUGACCGUCGCCGUGGUGCCCAACGUCCUGGCCAACCUGCGUGCCGCUGGGCAGGUGCUGAGGUGCGUCACGGAGGGCUCCUUGGAGAGUCUGCUCAACACCACUCACCGGCUGCAGGCAGCAUCGCAGGCUCUGGGCCCAGACGGCCAGGCGGGCAGCCAGGGCCUGACGCUCCAGGCCCAGGGCGACAGCGCCGCCGCCUUCCGGCUCCACGUGCUCAAGGCCGCCCAGCAGGUCCUGGAGGACUUCUCCGGCCUGGAGUCCUCGGUGCGGGCGGUGGCACUGGGGGCCCAGAGGGCGGCCACCGGGCUCUUUACGCUGGGCCUCCUGCUGGGCCCGGCCUGGUACCUCCGCCGCUACCUGGCCGACCUGCGGUUUGAUAACGUCUACGCCACCCGGCAGCUGACUCAGCGGCUGGCAGAGGUCAGGGCCACCCACCUGACGGCCUCCCCUCCAGCCUGGCUGCUCUGGGCAGCCCGGCCAAGGCUGUCCCAGGCGGAGCUGCUGAGUUGUCUGGUGAGGCUGGGGCUGUUCACCCUGCUCCUGACGGCCACGGCGGUGACGGUGGCCACGGACUACGUGGCCUUCCUCCUGGCUCAGGCAGCCGUGGACUGGGCUCGGGAGCUGCCCGCUGUGCCCAUCACGCUCACCAUCAAGUACAGUGCUGCCUACACCGUCCUGGGCUACAUCCCCUUCCUCUUCAACCAGCCGCCUCCGGAGAACCCCUACCUCUCUGCCCACAACUCCUUCCAGUGGGAGCUGCGCUUCACUGCCCCCGGCUGCCCGUUGCUGCCCGCCCAGCGCCCGCACACAGCUGCGCCCCUAGCUGCGGGCGCCCUGCAGCUCGCGGCUUGCUCCACAGUCCUCCUGGAGACCUAUGCCCGCCGCUUGCGGCACAGCAUCGCUGCCUCCUUCUUCAGGACCCAGGAGGCCAGGAGGGUCCGCCACCUUCAUGCCCGCCUCCAGCGAAGAUAUGACAGGCACCGAGGCCAGCCGGCGCAGCCGCAAGAUGCUUCCUCCUGCUCUUGA